AUGCGGGGCUGGCGGAGGAACCUCGCGCUCUGCCUGCAGCGGCUGCCGGACGAAGAUGAUGGGCCCUACUCCAAAGGAACCAAGGACGCGGACGUGGCGCUGGCCUGCCGCCGGCAGAGCGUGCCAGAGGAGUUCCGAGGGGUCACCGUGGUGGAGCUGCUCAAGAAGGAAGGCAGCACCCUGGGCCUGACCAUCUCGGGGGGCACCGACAAGGAUGGCAAGCCCCGGGUCUCCAACCUGCGACCUGGGGGGCUGGCGGCCAGGAGUGAUCUGCUGAACGUGGGUGACUACAUCCGGUCGGUGAACGGGAUCCGCCUGACCAGGCUGCGGCACGACGAGAUCAUCGCCUUGCUCAAGAACGUGGGGGAGCGCGUGGUGCUGGAGGUGGAGUAUGAGCUGCCCGCGCCCGCCCCCGAGAACAAUCCGAAGAUCAUCUCGAAGACCGUGGACGUCUCCCUGUACAAGGAGGGCAGCAGCUUCGGCUUCGUCCUCAGAGGUGGUGCCCAUGAAGAGGUGCAUAAGUCCCGCCCACUCGUCCUCACCUACGUGCGGCCCGGUGGCCCUGCUGACAGGGAGGGCUCCUUGAAGGCAGGCGACAGGCUGCUCAGCGUCGACGGCAUCCCGCUGCAUGGGGCCAGCCACGCCACGGCACUGGCCACCCUGCGGCAGUGCAGCCACGAGGCGCUCUUCCAGGUGGAGUACGACGUGGCCGCCCCAGACACUGUGGCCACCGCAUCAGGACCGUUGAUGGUGGAAAUAGCCAAGACGCCAGGGUCUGCCCUGGGCAUCUCGCUCACCACUGGCUCGCACCGGAACAAGCCGGUAAUCACCAUCGACCGCAUCAAGCCGGCCAGCGUGGUGGACAGGAGCGGGGCCCUGCACGCUGGAGACCACAUCCUGUCCAUCGACGGCACCAGCACGGAGCACUGCUCCCUGCUCGAGGCCACCCAGCUCCUCGCCAACGUGUCAGAGAAGGUGCGCCUGGAGGUGCUGCCUGUGCCGCAGAGCCGGCGGCCCCUGAAUCCCGCCGAGGCAGUGAAAGUCCAGAGGAGUGAGCAGCUGCACCGCUGGGACCCCUGUGUGCCCUCCUGCCACAGUCCCCGGCCCGGCCACUGCAGGCCGCCCACCUGGGCCAGCCCUGCCGGCCAGGACCAGAGCCGAUCCUUGUCCUCGACUCCUUUUUCCUCACCAACUGUGAACCAUGCCUUCUCCUCCGCCAACCCCAGCACCCUCCCCCGGGGAUCCCAGCCCAUGAGCCCCAGGACCACGAUGGGGCGGAGGCGGCAGCGGAGACGUGAACACAAGAGCUCACUGUCCUUGGCCUCCAGCACCGUGGGGCCGGGCGGGCAGAUCGUGCACGCGGACACCACAGAGGUCGUGCUCUGCGGGGACCCCCUCAGCGGCUUUGGCCUCCAGCUCCAGGGCGGCGUCUUUGCCACCGAGACCCUGUCCUCCCCGCCCCUCGUGCGCUUCAUCGAGCCCGACAGCCCGGCCGAGAGGUGUGGGCUGCUGCAGGUGGGGGACCGUGUGCUGUCCAUCAAUGGCGUAGCCACGGAGGACGGGACGAUGGAGGAAGCCAACCAGCUGCUGCGGGACGCCGCGCUGGCCCACAAAGUUGUGCUGGAGGUCGAGUUUGACGUUGCGGAGUCUGUCAUCCCGAGCAGCGGCACCUUCCACGUAAAGCUGCCCAAGAGGCGCGGCGUGGAGCUGGGCAUCACCAUCAGCUCGGCCAGCAGGAGUCGCGGGGAGCCCCUGAUCAUCUCGGACAUCAAGAAGGGCAGUGUGGCGCACAGGAUUGGCACCCUUGAGCCAGGCGACAGGCUGCUGGCCAUCGACAACAUCCGCCUGGACAACUGCCCCAUGGAGGACGCCGUGCAAAUCCUGCGGCAGUGUGAGGACCUUGUGAAGCUCAAGAUCCGGAAGGAUGAGGACAACUCGGAUGAGCAGGAAGCCACGGGCGCUGUGAGCUACACCGUGGAGUUGAAACGCUAUGGGGGCCCCCUGGGCAUCACCAUCUCAGGCACUGAGGAGCCUUUCGAUCCCAUUGUCAUCUCGGGCCUCACCAAGCGUGGUCUGGCGGAGAGGACCGGUGCCAUCCACGUAGGGGACCGCAUCUUGGCCAUCAACAGUGUUAGCCUCAAGGGCCGGCCGCUGAGCGAGGCCAUCCACCUCCUGCAGAUGGCCGGAGAGACGGUUACAUUGAAGAUCAAGAAGCAGCUGGACCGCCCCUUCAUACCCCACAAGUCGGGCAGCCUCAGUGAGGCCAGUGACAUGGAUGAGGACCCGCCGGAGGCGCUCAAAGGAGGUGUGCUGGCAGCCCGGUUCUCGCCCGCCGUGCCCAGUGUGGACAGUGCCAUGGAGUCCUGGGACAGCUCAGCCACAGAAGGUGGCUUCGGGGGCGCAGGGUCCUAUGCUGCGCAGGUCACGACCCGGGGUAUGAGCCCCCAGGAGUGGCGGCCCGGCCGGCUGAGGGGCAGCCCCCCACCCACCGAGCUCCGGCGGACAAGCUACACCCCAGCCCCUGCUGACGAGAGCUUCCAGGAGGAAGAGGAGGAGGAGGACUGGGAGCCGCCGUCUAGCCCAGCCCCCGGCCCCGCCCGCGAGGAGGGCUUCUGGCACGCGUUCGGGGAAGCCCUGGAGGACCUGGAGUCCUGUGGUCAGUCGGAGCUGCUGAGGGAGCUGGAGGCCUCCAUCAUGACGGGCACUGUGCAGAACGUGGCCCUGGAGGGCAGGCCCGGUCACCGGCCCUGGCGCAGGGGCCGGGAGGUCCGCGCUUCCUCCGAGGAGACACAGGAGCUGCUGCUGCCGACACGCUUAGAGCUGCACAAGGUGACGCUGCACAAGGACCCCGUGCGGGAUGACUUUGGCUUCAGCGUCUCAGACGGCCUCGUGGAGAAGGGCGUCUACGUUCACACUGUGCGCCCCGACGGGCCAGCCCAACGUGGGGGCCUCCGGCCAUUCGACAGAGUCCUUCAGGUCAACCAUGUUCGCACGCGGGACUUCGACUGCUGCCUGGCGGUGCCGCUGCUGGCCCAAGCCGGGGAGGUUCUGGAGCUGGUCGUCAGCCGUAACCCCGUGGCGCGGAGUGGCCGGGCCUCACGGGCUCCAGGCCCCGGCAGCCCCCGGAUGCUGUGA